AUGGCUUUUCCGCAGAUCACCCCCAUGCGGCCGGUCCCAGGCGCCUUCAUGAACACACCGGCCAUCGCAUCGCGAUACCAGUCUGGUUCAGAGCCCGUGCGACGCCAACUGUUUCCAUCAUCAGACAAUGCUGUCAAGGCUCCUCUGGGACGAACAGUGUCGGGGACACUGGCAGCACCGGCUGCUCCAGAAGCCAGUGCCGUUGGAGGGCUACUCACCACCAACCCUCUGCCGCCCCCACGGGUCGAGUCAGUCCCACCGGUGUUGAAGGCCGCUACGGCCAUCAAUGUCUUCCUACGAACAGACGAGAACUUCCCUGAACUUGACUCUUACUGCAGACAGGGCGUUUCAUCCGACUACGAACUAUCCCUCACAGAUUCCUCCACUGCCCCCUUCCACAAGACGCAUAUGUACCCUAUCCCGAAUCAAGUUUUCGAGCACUAUAAUGCAGGAAAGCUACAGACCCUCAUGGGACUGUUCGCCGAUAUCAAUCACGCCUGGGUUGUGAUCGAUAACUCGCUCUUCCUGUGGGACUACACACGCAGCGAUCCCGAGCUGAUUGGAUUCGAGGAUCAGCCAUACACCAUCCACGCAGUCGCCCUUGUUCCUCCCAAACCCGGAAUCUUCAUGGAUACCAUCACCCACAUCCUAGCGGUAGCUACAUCGGUGGACAUUAUCCUGCUUGGCGUCGCGGUGACGGAUACCCCUGCCGGAACUAAAUCGGUGGCUCUCUACCAGACAAAAAUGUCCCUCGCGCUACGUGGCGUCGACGUUCGAGUCAUUGCCGGAUCUAGUGAUGGCCGCAUUUUCUUUGGAGGGAGCAAUGAUGACAACAUCCACGAGCUUUACUACCAGGCUGAGGAGAAGUGGUUCUCCAAUCGAUGCGGAAAGAUCAACCACAGCCAUCCUGGCUGGUCUUCCGUAGUCACUUUGCAGUCUGGAAUUUUUUCAUCAAAGACGCCUGAACAUCUGGUUGAUAUCGUUAUUGACGACUCGAGAAAAUUGGUUUACACUCUAUCCAGCCUUUCGACCAUCCGAACUUAUCAUAUGGAGCCUCCCAACGGACUAAAGAGGGUGAUAGAGAAGGGAAAACUGCACUGCCUUCGUGAUAUCGGACAUAUGAGCGAUGAGUCGAGUUUACUCAAGGAAAAGUUCCAAAUUGUCUCCAUCAGCCCUAUAUCCAAGCAAGAAGCAUCGAAGCUUCACCUUAUGGCCCUCACCGACUCUGGCUGCCGACUUUUCUUCAGCGCCACGAGCGCGUCGGUCAUGUCCUACAGCGCGCAGCCAGAUCUGGCACCACAGAGCAUGCAGGUCCAGUUCAUUAAAUACCCACCCAGCCAGCACCUUAGACAGGUUUCCGGGGGUGAACCUGCCGUAGAUCUUAAUUCCCAGUCCUUGCUGUACAGCCGACAUGGUGUUCGAUUUGCCCCAGGUUAUUUUGUGGACUUCGUUAUGGACAGCACAAACAGCACAGUGGACUCACUUUUCGUUUCGGCUCCCGAGACUGGCCGAAUUAAGAAUGCGGCGACCGGAAUCCCGACAAAGUAUCCCGAAAGCGCCAGUUGGAUUGAUAUUGGCAGCCGUGCUGAGACAGUUGGUCUCAUCACUAAGCCCUUCGCCGCUGCCGCCCAGCCGAUUGGUUUUGGAAACGAGUUCGCCAUCCAGUUUGACGAGGCCCCUACCGAGUUUGCUGUUCUAACCAACACUGGCGUCCAUGUCAUCCGGAGGCGAAGGUUUGUCGACAUCUUCUCGUUGGCUCUCCGAUCUGCUGUUGGAGAUGAGGGAUUCGACAAGGUCACGCGCAAGUUCCUCCACAUUUACGGUAGGGUAGAAACCGUUUCUACUGCGCUGGCUAUUGCGUGCGGACACGGCGGUGAUGCUCGCCCCGGAGCACCUCGAGCUAUCGACCAGGCCACCGAAGACCGAGCAAGGAGUGUAUUCGUCGAUUACGGUGGCCAGCCCACAAUCACAGAGACUGACGGCACAACACUCACAACUGACUCUGUCAAGCUCUCCUCACGCCAUGAUGCUUUGGCCCUGUAUAUUUCCCGCUUGGUCCGAAAGAUGUGGAAAUCAACCGUCAUCACGCUCCUCGUUGCACCAAACGGGGCUAUUGCUGUCACAUCUACUGUUCCUGUAGCUAAACUUACCGAUAUCCAGGAGAACCUGGAGCGUCUGCGUAAGUUCCUGACUACGAACAAGGGACUGAUUCAGGGACUCUCUGGCCCCGCUGACCUUCAGCGUGUUUCUACGCGCCAGGAGGAGGUUGCGUUGCAAGCCGAGCACCAGGCUCUGCACGCUCUCCAGAAGCUCCUGGAAAGCAUCUCCGAAAGCAUUUCUUUCGUACUCAUGCUUUUUGGUGACCGCGUCACGGAUAUCUUUGCAUCGCUGGAGGCUCCCACUCAGCAGCAAUUCAAGGACUUGACAUACGAGAAACUCUUCUCACAGUUGGAAGGUAAAGACCUUGCCAAGGUUGUGGUCAAGGCUAUUGUUAAUCGCAACAUUGCCAGCGGUUCCAACGUGGAGACAGUGGCAGACACUCUUCGCCGACGAUGCGGAAGCUUCUGCAGCCCCGACGAUGUGGUCAUCUUCAAGGCCCAGGAGCAGCUCCAACGCGCUUCUGAGCAGCCACUCAACACCAAUCAGGCAAGAGCGCUACUACACGAGAGUUUGCGACUGUUUGAGAAGGUGGCUGGCAGCCUCUCCUUUGUUAACCUUCAGUCUGCCGUCACUCAGUUCAUCAACCUCAAGUAUUAUGCGGGUGCUAUCCAACUUUGUCUUGCGGUAGCUCAAGAGAAAGAUCGAGGCAAUACUGCCCUGACGUGGGUCAACGACGGCAAGCCGGCCUCAGACCCUCGAGCAAGCGCUUUCAACGAGAGGAAGAAGUGCUAUGACUUGAUACACGAAGCCCUCCGCCACCUCGACACCGCAUCAAGCGCCGAGCCAGAGACUAUUGAUGGCAAGCUCACCCUGAUCGCAACCAAAAGGCUAGAGGCAUACUCGGUUGUCAACGAUUCCACCGAUGAAGUCUUCCACUUUGACUUGUACGAGUGGUACAUCCAGCAAGGAUGGACAGAUCGCAUUCUUGCUAUCGAUUCUCCCCACGUCGUGACCUUCCUUCAGAGUCUCGCCGCGACCAACUACGAACAUGCAGAUCUCCUGUGCCGCUUUUACACGAACCGCAGUCGCUUCUAUGACGCUGCCGAGGUCCAGAGUCAGCUCGCAAACUCUGACUUCUCCAUUGGCAUCAAGGAGCGAAUCAAGCUCCUCAGCAUGGCCAAGGCCAACGCGAACGUUUCGACUGUUGGGGUCAGCCGACAGCAACAACAAAUGCUCAACCACGGUGUCUCUGAACUCCUGGACAUCGCUAAUAUUCAGGAUGACCUGCUGGAGCGUCUUUUGGCAGAUGACAGGUUGGACGAGCAGAGGAAAGAAGAAAUUGAGCAAGCCCUCAACGGGAAGAUUCAAGAUCUUUCAGUGCUUUUUAAUGAAUAUGCUGAUCAAGCUGGCUAUUAUGACCUUUGCUUGCUUAUUUACCACACUGCUGACUACCGCAAUUCCACGACGAUCUUUGGAACUUGGAGCAACCUUAUCCAACAGGUCCAUGACGAUGUGUCGGAGUUGCAAGAGAACCCACAGCCAAACACCCCGCCGCCACCAAUGCCUUACGAGGCUGUGGCCUCCAGAAUCCAGAACAUUGCUCACCGCACUUCGCUCGAUAGCUUUGUGUUCCCUAUUGCAACUUUGCUUCCUGAAGUGUGCCGUUACGCCGCUACCUGCCAGCAGGAUGGGCGGAUUGGUGCUGAUGCUUCCUGGCCUGCUCAGCUUUUCCUUACACUAGGAGUUUCUCAUGAUAUCAUUGUACGAGUCCUCGAGAAUGUCUUUGAUACCCAGGAUUAUGGUUUCAGCGGCGCCUCUCGGUACCGCAUCAUUGAACUGAUUGCAUACGUCGUUAACGAUUGGAUUGCCGAGGUGCGCCGCCGAGGCGGUGUUGGCAAGGGUGUGUCCAUUGGACCCUAUGUUGGUGAUUUACUGGCGAGGUGCGAGGCUGCCCUUCCCCCCCCAGGCCACGGCAGCAACCCAGGGGGCGCGGACCUGGCAGACAUUCGCAGAGUGCUCAGGACAGUACAGAGGGAGGUUGCCGGCCUGGUAGAGCGAGUCCCAACUGGAAGCUUGCGGUUCGCAUAG